AUGACAACACCGUCACCUUCUGGUUCACAAUAUGCAAAUAUCGUAAGCGACGAGCAGUUCAUCAUUGUCCAAGUGGUCACAGGGGCGGUCAUCACUGGUAUCCUCAGUCUGUUCGGCGUGGCCUCCAACAUCAUCAACAUUGUGGUGUUUGCCAAGCAAGGCUUUCAGGACAGCAUGAAUAUCAGCCUCAUGGGUCUCGCUGUGUCUGACCUGUUCUCCCUGCUGACCACGAUGUGGCUAAGCAUCUGUGUUAACCCACUCUUCUACAACUCUGAGUUGCCUUUUCACCCUAAUGAUAUCAUGAACCUCACGGGGGGCAUACCCCAUAUUAUCUGUGUCAAAAUCGCCACUUUUAUCACCGCCUUCAUCACUUUCGAACGAUGUCUGUGUAUCGCUGUCCCUUUGAAGGUGAAGACGAUCAUCACACCGGGAAGGACAAAAACAAUUAUUAUCUCAAUCUACAUUGCCAUGUCUGCUUUGAUGAUACCCUACUGUCUUGGAAGCAGACUUGAGUGGGUUUUCGAUUUCAACAGGAAUGCUACUGUGCUAAUAACCACGUACACGGCCGAAAGAGAAAUGUUAGAAGCCAUUACUUUCCUCACCCAAGGCGUAUUUGCUACUACGUUUUCUUUCGUCUUCGUCAUCUGCUGUACCAUCGUUCUUAUCGUCAAACUCAACAGUAAAACAAAAUGGCGACAGGCGACUGCUACCAAGUCUGAUCGUGCAACGGAAGGAGUUGGGGUCAAAGAUCAAAAGGUUGUGAAAAUGGUGACCUUCAUCGCUUCCAUUUUCAUCGUUUGCGCCUUGCCUUCCACGCUCCUGUUUCUCUACAUGGUGAUUGACAUUGAUUUCCGAAUUGAUGGUUUCUAUAAAAAUAUCUAUCUAGUCAUUUGGUCUUUAGCAUUUCUAACAGAAACUGUCAACUCCAGUGUGAACAUAUUUGUGUAUCUGAAAAUGAGUUCCAAGUAUCGAGCAGUGUUUAUGAAAACAUUUUUAAACAAGAAGGAAAAAUAACUUUUUAACAACAGAAAAAAAUGUCGUCUUUUUAAUAAUAAGAAAUCGCAGUACUUUUAAGAUUAGAUCAAUUCAUGUAUA